AUGGUACCCGUCAAGAAAGUUGCACUUUUGGGGAAAGGAUUGCUAGGAUCUGCAAUUCUUGAUCAGCUCGUGAAAUCUGGCUUCAAAGUCACAGUUCUGAGUCGCAAGAAAAGCUCAUCUGACGAAUCCUCUGCAGACUUCAGCACUGUGCAAGUCGACUAUUCAUCUAUCGACAGUCUUGCGGCAGCUCUACAGGACCACGAUGCCGUGGUAUCGACUGUUGGUAUCUCUGGAAUCAGUGGGCAGAAGAUAAUGAUUGACGCGAGCAUCCAAGCUGGCGUGAGACGUUUUAUCCCUUCUGACUUCGGAGCCCUCACAACCAGACCCGGGGCAGAAUCACUCCCGUUGAAUGCACCGUGGAUAGACGUCCAGGCAUAUCUCAAAGAAAAGGCGCUUUCCAGAGAUAUCGAGUACACGCUAUUCGCUGUUGGGCCCUUCCUGGAAUUUGUCAUGUCUAUGCCAUUCUUGGCCGAUGUCAUGACCCAAGAAGUCAGGCUGUAUGACAAUGGCGAGCAUUCCUUUAGCUCAACUAGUGUGUUAAGCAUCGGGAAAGCAGUUGCAGGUUCUCUGAGAAACGCUGAAGCGACCAAGAACCGCUUGGUCAGUGUCCAUGAUAUCGUGUUGACUCAGAACAAAGUCUUGGAUUUGGCAAAGAGAUACUCUGCACCUGAUGUCAAUUGGAACAUUACUCCGGUGAACGCCGAAGCUGAGGUUGAGAAUAUUCUCGAAAGGAUCAGGACGAGUGGUCUGGACCUUCUCAAUACGCUUGCACUCCUGAAAGCUGCGCUAUUGGGCGGAAAGUUCGAGGCUGAAUUCAAGAAUUUGGACAAUGAGCUUGUUGGAUUAUCCACCCUCUCCGAUGAUGAGUUUGAGAAGAAGUUUGCCGUGGAAUUUAAGUCGAUGGCCACUGCAAUGGCAGAGUUUCAAGCAAAGAAUGACGGAACUCAAGGCGAGGCUUAA